GAAGCACGGGGUGAAGGUUUCUCUUCACAGUGCAUGGACGGAAAGCCAAUGCGCAGGUGUACCAGUACUCGACCAGGAGAGACCGGAAUGGAUGUGACUAGCCGUUGCACACUCGGAGAUCCUAACAAACUGCCAGAAGGGGUGCCGCAGCCUGCUCGCAUGCCCUACAUCUCUGACAAGCACCCUCGACAAACUUUGGAAGUCAUCAAUCUUCUCCGGAAGCACCGGGAGUUGUGCGAUGUGGUGCUAGUAGUGGGUGCGAAGAAGAUCUACGCCCACAGGGUGAUUCUGUCAGCCUGUAGCCCCUACUUCCGAGCCAUGUUCACCGGGGAGCUGGCAGAGAGUCGGCAGACAGAGGUAGUGAUCAGAGACAUCGAUGAAAGAGCCAUGGAACUGCUGAUUGACUUUGCGUACACCUCUCAGAUCACUGUGGAAGAGGGAAAUGUCCAGACCUUGUUGCCAGCUGCUUGCCUUCUCCAGCUGGCUGAGAUCCAGGAGGCCUGCUGCGAGUUCCUUAAGAGACAGUUGGACCCGUCCAAUUGCCUGGGCAUCCGAGCUUUUGCUGACACUCACUCAUGCCGUGAAUUGCUGAGGAUUGCUGACAAGUUCACACAGCACAACUUCCAGGAGGUAAUGGAGAGUGAGGAGUUCAUGCUGCUUCCUGCCAAUCAGCUCAUAGACAUUAUAUCCAGUGAUGAGUUAAAUGUUCGCAGUGAAGAGCAGGUGUUCAAUGCGGUGAUGGCCUGGGUGAAAUACAGCAUUCAGGAAAGAAGACCCCAGCUGCCACAGGUUCUGCAGCAUGUCCGUCUACCGCUGCUGAGUCCCAAGUUUCUUGUGGGUACAGUGGGCUCUGAUCCACUUAUUAAGAGUGAUGAGGAAUGCAGGGAUCUAGUGGAUGAAGCUAAAAAUUAUCUGCUGUUGCCCCAAGAGCGGCCACUGAUGCAAGGACCAAGAACUAGACCGCGCAAACCCAUCCGCUGUGGAGAAGUGCUCUUUGCAGUGGGGGGCUGGUGUAGCGGGGAUGCAAUUUCCAGUGUCGAGCGCUAUGACCCUCAAACCAAUGAGUGGCGGAUGGUGGCUUCCAUGAGCAAAAGACGCUGUGGUGUUGGAGUCAGUGUUCUGGAUGACCUCCUCUAUGCUGUGGGAGGCCAUGAUGGUUCCUCUUAUCUUAACAGCGUAGAAAGGUAUGAUCCCAAGACCAAUCAGUGGAGCAGUGAUGUGGCCCCAACCAGCACCUGCAGGACCAGUGUUGGAGUAGCGGUUCUUGGGGGCUACUUGUAUGCUGUGGGUGGCCAGGAUGGUGUCUCUUGUCUCAACAUUGUGGAAAGAUAUGAUCCCAAAGAAAACAAAUGGACUCGAGUGGCUUCGAUGAGCACCAGGCGCCUGGGAGUUGCAGUGGCUGUGCUAGGGGGCUUCCUCUAUGCUGUGGGAGGCUCUGACGGGACUUCGCCUCUCAAUACUGUGGAACGGUACAAUCCCCAGGAGAACCGCUGGCACACAAUUGCGCCCAUGGGGACAAGAAGGAAGCACCUGGGCUGUGCAGUAUACCAAGACAUGAUAUAUGCUGUGGGAGGCAGAGAUGAUACGACGGAGCUCAGUAGUGCCGAGAGAUACAACCCUCGAACCAACCAGUGGUCUCCUGUUGUGGCCAUGACAUCGCGCCGAAGUGGAGUUGGCCUCGCGGUGGUGAAUGGACAGCUCAUGGCAGUUGGGGGUUUUGAUGGCACAACAUACUUGAAGACCAUUGAGGUGUUUGAUCCAGAUGCUAACACAUGGAGAUUGUAUGGUGGAAUGAACUAUCGGCGGCUGGGAGGAGGAGUAGGUGUUAUCAAAAUGACACACUGUGAAUCCCAUAUAUGGUAAGCAUCAAGAGGGACGGAGACCCCUUGGUUCUCAUUCCUAGAAAAACUGAAGAGACUUGUUGACACUGGACCUCUUUGCAGCUCUAGUAUGAAUGGUCUAGAUCCAAUGUAACUCUUUGCUGGUGACUCUUUCUAUGGAAUUAUAAAAAGGACUUCUGUGAGAGUGUGCCCAAUGGGAGACCGCAUUGUCAGACUCCAGGAAACCACUGGACAAAAGUAGAAGUGUUGCUUAUGUCCAUAUUUUUUCUAAAUAAUCUACAUUUUGAAUAAACCAAACUGUAAAAGUUAUUGUAACGUAAACAAUGCUGAUGUAGAGACCACAUGCUAUACUGGGAGUCUGGCAAGGAGGAAGGUUUCCUGCUUUCCCUCCUGCUGUGAGCAGUGGAUGUGGCAGCUGUGUGGUGGGCGAAAGAGGAAAGUGAUACAGAAAACAUUGCUUUUGCCUUAUUUACAGAGAGCUUCAAAAAA